AUGUUCUUACGCAUACAAACCACCAACUCCAGUGUUAGUAGUACAAACACAGAAGUAAUUUGUAGUGCAACAGAGAGACAAGCCCUUCUCAGCUUUAAGAAGGGACUUAAAGAUCCAAAAAAUUGGCUCUCAUCUUGGAUUGGUGAAGACUGUCGUACAUGGAAAGGAGUUAGCUGCAACAACAGAACAGGACAUGUCGACAUGCUCGACAUGCUCGACAUGCUCGACCUCCGACAGCCAUAUCAAUCCAACCUAGGACAAUUUGCUACUGAUAUGAGUUCCCCGUUGGGUGGGGAGAUAAGUUCUUCUUUACUUGAGCUGAAGCAUCUGAAGUACCUAGACCUAAGCAUGAAAAAGUUUGAUGGUAUCCGCAUUCCUGAGUUCCUUGGUUCUCUCAAGAACUUGAGAUACCUUAACCUCUCUUAUGCUGGUUUUUGUGGAAUGGUUCCUCCUCAGUUGGGGAAUCUAUCAAAUUUGCAUUAUCUUGACCUUAGUACUAAUUCUUUGUUUUUGUCUGGUGGUGCUACUGGAUUACAUGCUGAGAGCUUGCUAUGGCUUUCUCAUCUUUCUUUCCUACAGCAUCUUGACAUGAGUCGAGUUAACCUCAGUAAAGCAACUGAUUAUCUGAAGGUAUUGAAUAUGCUCCCUUCUUUAACUGUGUUAUUAUUAUCAUCCUGUGAGCUUAUUCCAAUUCUUGAUCUUCCUCCUCCUCUUGUUAGUAAUUUUACAGCACUCACUAUCAUUGACCUUUCAAGAAACAAUUUCAAAUCUUCAGUUCCUAACUGGUUGUUUAGUAUCAGGGGCCUCGUUUCUCUUGAAUUGCACCAAAAUGCACUUCAUGGUCCUAUACCAGGUGGUCUUCAGAACAUGACUUACUUGAUGGGCCUUGAUCUCUUUGAUAGCAAUUUUAAUUCCACCAUACCUGAUUGGUUGUAUUAUUUGAGAAAUCUUAUAACCCUUGAUGUCUCUCAUAACAAUUUGACAGGUGGGUUUCUAGAAAUUCCUCCUAGAUGCAUUGCUAAUAGUAGUUUAGAGUGGCUGAAUUUGGGAGACAACCACCUUUCAGGUCCCCUUCCUGAUCAAUUGGGGCUGUUUAAGAGUAUAGCAGGUCUUUUUCUUGGCAACAACUUGUUUUCUGGUUCAAUUCCUCAAUCUAUAGGAAGAUUGUCAUCAUUGAGAUAUUUGAAUCUCAAUGGUAAUCAGUUGAAUGGAUCUAUUCCAGAAAGUAUUGGACAACUUUCACAACUUGAGGUUUUGUUCUUCUCAUAUAAUUAUUCCUUGGAAGGUGUUGUGUCUGAGAUUCACUUUGCCAAUCUCACUGGACUAAAGGAAUUAGAUGCAUCUUCAAACUCAUUGAUUUUGAGAGUCAACCCUGAUUGGAUUCCUCCCUUCCAACUCAAAAAGAUACAUAUGGGAUCAUGGCAAGUAGGGAUCCAUGGUGAGCUCCCAAGAACAGUGAAACUUUAUUCCUUUGUCUCACUGGUAUUCUUGGGUUCCAACAACCUCGAGGGCCCACUACCCUAUUUCUCUUCCAAUGUGGGUCAGCUAGAUCUUUCCAAUAAUUCUUUUUCUGGAUCUAUUUCCCAUUUUCUUUGUCAAGAGAUGGCUAAACCGAGCUUCUUGGAAAUUCUUGAUCUCUCAAACAAUCUCUUAUCUGGAGAGAUCCCUGAUUGUUGGAUGAAGUGGCAGUCACUGGAAGCAAUAAAGUUGUCAAACAAUAAUUUAGCUGGAAAGGUUAUUGACCUUGUGAAGAAUGAGUUUUCUGGAAGCAUACCAGCAUGGUUGGGGAAAAGCUUAGUGAAGCUAGUAGUUCUGAGUUUGCAUUCAAACAAUUUUAGUGGUAGUAUUCCACUAGAACUUUGUGGUCUAUCAUCACUUCAAAUCCUGGACCUCGCUCAUAACAACCUUUCAGUUCGUGUAGAGGAUGUAUGGUUGAUUAUCAAAAGAAAUGAGCUUGAGUAUAGCAAUACUCUUAAGCUUCUAAUGAGCAUGGACCUUUCAGAGAACCAUUUGUCUGGAGAGAUUCCCAAAGAACUAACAAGUCUUCUUAGGUUGCGAUCAUUGAACUUAUCAAGAAAUCAUUUGAAUGGAAACAUUCUUGAGAACAUUCCAUUGAGUACCCAGCUCCAAAGCUUUAAUGCAUCCAGCUUUGUGGGUAACCAAGAACUCUGUGGACCUCCACUGACACAGAAUUGCACUAAAGAUGGGCCAAACAAUGAUGUCAGAAGAGAAGAUGAAGUUUUAGCUCGCCUGCUAAUGGCAAUGCCGAAGGUGGGUGAGCUGAAUCCGUUUUCUCUUUCUGUUGGUGUAUCUG